AGAAGCGUUUUCAGUCACACAACAGCGAUUGAUAUCCUCGUCCCCGUCCCUUCUUCUGUCGCCGCAGAUUUCUCACCGCCACCGGCGGUAAUCCACGCCGUCAGGCACGCCAUUCGCACCCCACUCCACUCCCAUCCAUUGUCAUCCAUCCCACACCGUGCCCUCUCUGUCCUUGGGUUGCGCCACUGCGGAACAAAGGGGAAAACGAAGACCUAACGCCUGUUCCCAAAUCCAAUCUUCACCCCUAUCAUGGCCGGCAAACGUUGCCGGAGCGGGGGUGCUACUUUCCCGACGCCCUUGCCCAAGGUAUACGAUGGCCCGAACUGCACCGCCCGGCAUCGGGCGCUGCUUCUUGACCUCAUACACGGUUUUUACGAGGCGGCGCUCGCCCGGCUACCGUUGGAGGAGAUGCCGGAGCUGGCCCCUCGGCUCCUGGAAGCCGGCCUCUGUUUCGGCUUCAUGGACCCCGUAUCCAAUAUCGUCGUCAACACAGUGUCCUACCGCCAGGCGUCGGCGGGCGGGGAAAAGAAGAGGAGAAAGGGAUCUGCCAAGGAGUUGAGAAAGGUGUCUCUUUCUAGGAUCGUCACGGACAUCAGCAACGUCUCCUCCAGCGAUCCGGACCCGGACCUCCUCCCCACCAUGAGCGUCGCGGUGAGGUCUCUGCAAUGCUUGGUCUCCUUCCUUGUCUGCAGCUUCCGCUACCUCUUCACUGCGACGGCACUUGAGUAUCUCCUUCUGGCCAAGGCCGACCUCCUCACCGCCGUGCAGCUGAUCCAGCAGGAUCGCAACUCUGACGCUUUCAGGGUCGCAUCCCCUGUCAUCAAAGCUGCCCUCUCAUGUGCAGCUCUGGCUGGUUGCCAUCCCAAGUCCGAAAUCCUCGUGGCUGGGUGGCAGAUGAUAUAUCUCCAUCUGGACCUGGUCUCUAGUGCCCUGGUGGCAGAGAGCAUCAUCCCUUGUACCAAAAUAAGAGAAAUGUACGCCUUGCUCAAGAACCUCCCACAAGAACCAACAAACCAGAUGGAUCCUUUGAGGCUUGCUACUGACCGAAUAGACAGGGAGGUGACUGUGAAGAAGCCGCGAGUCAUAGGCCCGAGGAUCAUGAGGAGCAUCCUUUUGGACAGGAUCCACGGGUUCUAUAUUGAUGCACUAGCACGCUUGCCGACGGAUGGCUUGCAGCGGCGCCUCCACCGUAGUCUCCUCAAAGCAGGGCAUUGCUAUGGACCCAUGGAGGACCCUAUCUCCAACAUUAUUCUCAACACCAUCUGGUAUGACACGGUCUUUCCUGUGGAAGAAGAGUUUAAGGCAGAUGCAAUCUUGAGCAGUAGCCUGAUACGCAUGGCGUGCCGUUCCCUUUAUGGCCUUGUCGCCUUCAUCAGCACCCACUUCGACAAUCUGUCUGACCUUGACGUCCUCUGGUACCUGCUCUUAGCAAAUGCUAAUCUGGGGCAUGCAGUUACAAUUUUACAGCAAGAUGGACAUACUCUCAUCGGCGACCGUCGUAAGGCCUAUAAGGCUGCAGCGAAAGCAGGAUGGCACCCGAUUCCUGAUGCACAAGUGGAGUUUGCUGUUUCAACAGUGUUGCCCAAGGAGCAGUCAUUGCUUCUUCAGGCUGAUGGCACUCUAUCCUCAGGGGAUGUGGAGCUCAUCUCCCAGUUUUUGUCAGUACAGCCUUCUCCUUCGGUUGGUUCACUCAAGCCGGUUCCGGCACUUUCCAAGAGGGCAUUUAGGAUGCUGUUAGGCAUGAAGGGAGAACUUGAGGAUGAAGAAAGUUCUAUCCGCAGAAAGGUUAAAGCAACAAUGAAAAAAUAUGCUCUACUGAGAGCGGAAGCUGAAUACGAGCUUCAUGUUAUAUGUGGUGUGAAUAUGAAUGUCGUUCAUACUGGUAGUUUUAAGAUGCAUUAUGGCUGGCUUCGCAAAUGCCCUGUUCUGUACCAGUACUGCCAUGUCAACUUCUUGGCAAGACGAAAAGGUUCACGUUCUGCUGUUGAAGUUCCCACUCUCUUCUUCAUGGAGUGUACAGUUGAUGAAGACGAGAAUGAUGAACUGGCCUGCUGGCCAGUGGUAUCUACAGAUGCUGGUCGCUGCGUUUACUGUGAGACGUAUGGUGCCAAGAUUGUGCACCCGGCUUCUGAAAAUUAUCAUGGGAGAGAUGCAGACUUUAAGAAAAUGGUUCUAGGGGAGCAUCCCACUUGGUGGACCAGUGAUGACAUUGUCAUGGAUGGCAUCAGGGCUAAAGAUUCUGUGGGCAUACUACAAGAGGAUUGCAUCUACUUCGAUCACCUUAGGGAUGCUAAAUAUGCAAAGCACUUGAAUAGCGAAGCUAAGGAUGGGGGUGGCCGCCCUAGAUUGUGUUGCUGAUAGAAUUUGUAAUUAUAUAUUUAUUCGGCAUUCUGUUUCUAUCAUGAUGUUAUCUAGAUGCUCAAAUGGUAGAGUAAAGGCUAGUUAAAUUUGCCUUUUUAUCACUUAACAUUCCACAUUGCAAAUUUCUGAGCAAUUGACCUGGUGCUAACUAUAAAUAUUU